AUGAAUGACAUCAAACUGGCCCUGCUGGGCAGUGAGGGAGCAGGCAAAUCUGCGGUUUUGGUGAGAUUCUUGACCAAGCGAUUCAUAGGAGAAUAUGCGUCAAAUACCAACUCCUUAUACCAUAAAAGGCUCUCCAUUGAUGGAAGACAGUUGAACUUGGAAGUCUUUGAUCCGUGCUCACAGAGUGAAGAAAGCAAAUGUAUCCUAGAGGAACCACUGGACUGGGCUGAUGGCUUUGUGGUGGUGUACACCAUCAGUGACCGUACAUCCUUCCUAAAUGCCAAAAACAUCCUGGCGCAGAUCAAAGAGAGUCGUCGAGAGACCUGUAAAGGGGAGGUUCCCAUCUGCCUGAUGGGUAACAAGCAGGACUUAUGCCACAGCCGCCAAGUGAGUGAUGAGGAGGGCCGCUCUCUGGCCCAGGAGAACAAAUGCCUCUUCCAGGAGGUUUCGGCAGCUGAGAACUACCUGGAGAUCUCCAACCUCUUCACAAAGCUCAUCCGCCAUGUGAUGGAACAGCUUAAGCAUAGAGGCGACCGCAGGCGGUACAGUGGCUCCAAAUCCAUGGCCAAGCUCAUUAACAAUGUCUUUGGCAAGAGGAGAAAGUCUGUUUGAGUGCAGAACAUGAAAGAGCCCAGAAAAGAG